GGUGCUUUUCGAGAGAAGGGACUUUAAGGCCGAGAAGAAGAUGCAAACACAGAAGGCCAUGCCGUCGAGCCGUCGAGAAACAUUGUGCGCCUUGCACAGGUUGUUCUUGUUGUCAUGGGUGGUGCAGUGGACUUCCUGCGCACCGUCCUGCUUUUACAGCACCGGACCCUCGGGACAGGAGACCUACACGUGUUCUGGCCUUCGGUCUUCGGCCGAUCUCGUAGACAAUUUCAGGCCCAACAGAACUUCCCCUGAAGGAGGCAAGCUGAAACUGGUGCUCGAAAACAGCGUGUUGGAACGCAUCCCUCAGGGUCUCUUCGAGGGUUUGCGGGCCUCGACGUUGCAGCUCGACAACGUCACGUUGACCAGUCGAUGGGGUCGAACGGAAUCGACUCCCCUGCGUGGUCUCGAGUCCACCUUGGAGAAAGUGGUCUUCAGCCACAACAGCACCGUUCCGGACAACUGGGCUUUCUUCCUGGCGGGCAUGACGGAACUGGUCGAGAUGGUCUUCUUCGAUAUGAGCCACCUGAGGUUCUCGUCCAGCUCCCAAGAGGGACUGCCUAGGACGCUCCGCAAGCUGCACCUGGUCCGAUCGAACAUCGAGAACGCGGACGACUACUGGCUGUCGGCCCUGGCAGACCUGGAGGCACUCUCGCUACGUCACGUGAGCCUGACGGCGUUCGCGAGGACAGUGCUGCCAACGGUGGCCGCCAAGCUGGAGACGCUGCUGCUGGAAGACUGCUCGCUAACAAGCCUUCCUUCCGGUCUUGACAAAGGUCUUCCUUCGCUGAAAUACGUCGGCCUACAGAAAAAUCAAAUCGCUCAACUUGGAAGUGACGACGUCGGGCCUUUGAUCAACAAAGGCGUUGUCCUGCAGCUUGGAGGCAACCCAUUGAACUGCGACUGUCACCUGCAGUUCUUGUAUGAAAAUUCGAGACGGCACUCCGUGUACGGGAAGUGUGACACGCCAGCGGCCCUCAGGGGACGCAGUCUCAGAGAACUCUCCCAACGAGACCUAGUGGCUUGCUCGGGGCGACAAGCCUCGUGAUCACUGUAUAUCCGUUAUGCAUGUACAUAGCAAAUGAAAUAAAAAGGCUCAAAUGCCGUCUGUCCACAUAA